UCUCAGACUGACACUUAUUCAACACUGCCACCCUAAGCAGAUUACUUUUGCGCUUGCCUGUGUCAAAUACGUAGUUCACAUUGCCUCUCCAUCAUGUUUAGGAUGCUGAAACACCACCUCCACCCGGGCAUUUUUCUCUUCUUCAUAUGGCUUUGUCACCUCAUGGAACAUCAAAAAGUUCAAGCUGGGAACUGCUGGCUGCAGCAGGGGAAGAACGGGAGGUGCCAGGUGCUCUACAUGCCCGGGAUGACCAGGGAGGAGUGCUGUCGGAGUGGAAGACUGGGGACGUCCUGGACCGAGGAGGACGUCCCCAACAGCACGCUCUUUAGGUGGAUGAUCUUCAAUGGCGGAGCCCCAAAUUGCAUACCUUGCAAAGGUGGAGAAACCUGCGAUAAUGUUGACUGUGGGCCUGGAAAGAGGUGCAAGAUGAACAGAAGAAGUAAGCCGCGCUGCGUGUGCGCGCCAGACUGCUCCAACAUCACCUGGAAAGGACCCGUCUGCGGCUCAGACGGAAAGACCUACAAAGACGAAUGCGCACUGCUGAAAGCUAAAUGUAAAGGCCACCCAGACCUGGACGUGCAGUACCAGGGAAAGUGCAAGAAAACGUGCCGUGACGUCUUGUGCCCCGGCAGCUCCACAUGCGUCGUGGACCAGACGAAUAACGCGUAUUGUGUGACGUGUAAUCGGAUUUGCCCUGAGGUGACGUCGCCUGAGCAGUACUUGUGUGGAAACGACGGGAUCAUCUACGCUAGCGCGUGUCACCUGAGAAGAGCUACCUGUCUCCUGGGCAGAUCCAUCGGAGUGGCAUAUGAGGGAAAAUGCAUCAAAGCCAAGUCGUGUGAGGACAUCCAGUGCAGCGCAGGGAAGAAGUGUCUGUGGGAUUCUCGGAUGAGCCGAGGCCGCUGCUCGUUGUGUGAUGAGGCCUGUCCAGAGAGCAGGACGGACGAGGCGGUGUGUGCCAGCGACAACACCACAUAUCCCAGUGAAUGUGCCAUGAAGCAGGCUGCUUGCUCUAUGGGGGUGCUGCUAGAAGUCAAGCAUGCAGGAUCUUGCAACUCCAUUACAGAAGACCACGAGGAGGAUGAGGAAGAUGAGGACUCAGACUACAAGGCCUUUGUCCAUAUAUCUUCUGUUCUGGAUGGAUAGGCCCCCAUCACUAGGGGAACAGUCCUAGGGCAAGGAAUCAUGUCCAUACUGUAAAUUAUGUGUAUGCUUAUUUAUUUUUUAAAGAAAAGGAAGUAUACAUAUAGUUCAGUCUGCUAGCUGUUUAUUUAUACUUUUUGUGUUUUAUAAUUUAUACUAUUACAAUGUCAGGCUUACUAUCUACCAUGAUAUAUUGUGUUACCACUCAUUUCCCCCUUUUUUGUUGUUGUUGUCCCUUUUACUUUCUUUUUUUUUAUCAUGAAGAAAUAUAUUUGUCCAAAGAGAAGCAGUGUUAUUUAUUUUUCAUGUUACGUGUAAGUAUAAGUCCUCUUCAAGCUGUAAAUUGCAUUCCCUGAGCUGUACAAAUCUGCUUGUUUCUGUCAGAUCUCUAUCACAGAUGUUUAUGUCACACAUACGUAAAUGCAUGUUUAGGCUGUGUGUUUAUUUAUUGGGAAUAUAUCAAUCAUUUUAUGUACAGAAGUGUUUCUGGUUGUUUACAACUCAUAAUAACUGACCAAAGGGAUUCUCUCAAUGGUUUUGCAAAAGAGCAUUGUAAAAGCUGCAACACAGCAGUGAUGAAGUGGAAAAGAAAAAGAGAGCCAUUUGUGUUUCUUUUCUUCUUCUUUUUUUGUUACCCUUCCGUUCUUUCCCCUGUAGAUGUGUUUCCACACGGAGACGACAACUUUAGACAUUAUUCAAUAGCAUUUAUUUUGUGUCACCACAGAACAGAGGUAGAUUUUGGAUGAUACUUGAUUUUUUUUUUUUUAAACAAUGUGCCAUUAACAUUUGUGUGCUGUCUUCUUGCCAAUGUGCUCAAUACUGCUCUCGAAGAGCUUAAAUAGGACUAACGGACUGCAGUACUACACAUAUAUCAGACUUCAUCACUAUGUUUCUUAUUUUUCUUUUUUAUUUCUCAGAAUGCAUUUUAUUUUCAAACAUCACAAGAGAAAUACAAAAUUCUGUUAUGAAUAUAUAGUUUUGUAUUUUUUAUGUAAAUGUCAUAUGUACAUACAAAGUUUGAUGGUAUUUGUACAGAUAUGAAGAGUGAAUCAAUAAAAGUUUUUUUCCUUAUA